AUGGCCAAUCAGCUUUUUACUUACAAGAACAAACCACAGGUCAUAGGUGCUGUUGUCGAUGUAAAAUUCAAUGACUUGAAGCUGCCCCCCAUUCUGAACUCGCUCGAGACAGACAACAAUGGUCAGAGACUCGUGCUCGAAGUCGCGCAACAUCUUGGCGAGAAUGUCGUCCGGUGCAUUGCCAUGGACGGUACCGAGGGUCUCGUCCGCGGCGCCAAAGUCAGGGACACUGGUGCCCCUAUCACCAUUCCCGUUGGCCCUGCUACCCUGGGUCGUAUUAUGAACGUCACCGGUGACCCGAUUGACGAGCGUGGCCCUAUCAAGACCGAUAAGUUCUUGCCUAUCCACGCUGACCCGCCUUCCUUCACUGACCAGUCCACUACUGCGGAGAUUCUGGUCACUGGUAUCAAGGUUGUCGACCUGCUCGCUCCGUACGCUCGUGGAGGGAAAAUUGGUCUCUUCGGUGGUGCCGGUGUUGGCAAGACCGUCUUUAUUCAGGAGCUGAUCAACAACAUCGCCAAGGCUCAUGGUGGGUACUCCGUCUUCACCGGUGUCGGUGAGCGUACUCGAGAGGGGAACGACCUGUACCACGAAAUGCAGGAGACCUCCGUUAUUCAGCUCGAUGGCGACUCUAAGGUCGCUCUGGUGUUUGGUCAGAUGAACGAACCCCCGGGUGCUCGUGCCCGUGUUGCUCUUACUGGUCUGACUGUUGCUGAGUACUUCCGUGACCAGGAGGGUCAGGAUGUGUUGCUCUUUAUCGAUAACAUUUUCCGAUUUACCCAAGCUGGUUCUGAGGUGUCUGCUCUGCUCGGUCGUAUCCCCUCUGCGGUCGGUUACCAGCCCACCCUAGCCGUCGACAUGGGUCAAAUGCAGGAGCGUAUCACCACCACCAAGAGGGGCUCUAUCACCUCCGUCCAGGCCGUCUACGUCCCUGCAGACGAUUUGACUGACCCAGCUCCCGCUACAACAUUCGCUCAUCUGGAUGCCACGACUGUCUUAUCCCGUGGUAUCUCGGAGUUAGGUAUCUACCCCGCUGUUGACCCUCUCGACUCCACGUCCCGUAUGCUCGACCCCCGAAUUGUCGGCCAGGAGCACUACGACACUGCUACUCGUGUCCAACAGAUCCUGCAGGAGUACAAGGGUCUCCAGGAUAUCAUCGCCAUUCUUGGUAUGGACGAGCUAUCUGAAGCGGAUAAACUCACCGUUGAACGUGCCCGUAAGAUCCAGCGUUUCCUAAGUCAACCAUUCACCGUCGCCCAGGUCUUCACUGGUAUUAAGGGUAAAUUGGUUACCCUCGAGGACACCAUCGCCUCAUUCAGGGCCAUCCUAAACGGUGAGGGUGAUAAUCUGCCCGAAUCUGCCUUCUAUAUGGUGGGCAACUUUGCCUCAGCCAAGGAGAAAGGUGAAAAAAUUAUUGCGAACCUGGAGAAGAAUUAG